CCUCCUCUUGCCCGAAGGCAGCCUCCUCCAGGCAGGCUCCCCUGCACUCUCUGAGAACUGGGCCAUCAAAGCCCGCAUUUUCCCCAGCUGCAGGUGCAUCUCCCACCCUGGGCUGGGGACACCUCAAAAACAAGGUCCCCAACUCCCCAUUUGACAUCGGACUUUGGACACCGACAGCCCUGCAUCCCUGGAGAACCAGGCAGUGGGUCACAUGUGCCCUCGCGUGCAGGUGCCAGGCUUACAGCCGCACUCACUGAAAGGGACAGCUCUGGUGGUCUGCAAGUCCCAGGUGCCUCCUCCGCACUCAGCUCAGAGCACUUGAGGACAGCACCUGGCCAGCUUGGUGGAAGAACAAAGACGACAACAGUUUAGACGACAGAGGUUUAGACGACAACAGUGCAGAGGUUUUGUGUUGGGCUCCCUAUCCGGCUGGGCCUCUCGGACCCCUGCCCGGGCCAGCCGGAGUCGGCCCUCCAGUGGCCCAGAUCGCGGAGGGGGGCGGGGCGGAGCCGGCCCGGACGCCUCAUUAGCAUAAUCUAUGCGCGAGAGGCGUUUAGCAGUCAAAUAUAUGCGCAUAUAUCUCCAUGGCUGAUGAGGCUGGCCGGGCAUAUUCAAAAUGGCGGAGUGUGGAGCGAGCGGCAGCGGGAGCAGCGGAGACACCCUGGACAAGAGCAUCACGCUUCCCCCCGACGAGAUCUUCCGCAAUCUGGAGAACGCCAAGCGCUUCGCCAUAGACAUCGGUGGGUCGCUGACCAAGCUGGCAUACUACUCCACAGUGCAGCACAAAGUGGCCAAAGUGCGGUCCUUUGACCACUCUGGCAAGGACUCAGAGCAGGAUCACGAGUCCCCCUACGAGAUUUCCGUCCAGGAGGAGGUGACCGCCCGGCUGCAUUUUGUCAAGUUCGAGAACACCUACAUAGAAGCCUGCCUGGACUUCAUCAAAGACCACCUCGUCAACACCGAGACGAAGGUCAUCCAGGCGACCGGGGGCGGGGCGUACAAGUUCAAGGACCUCAUUGAAGAGAAGCUGCGGCUGAAAGUUGACAAGGAGGAUGUGAUGACUUGCUUGAUAAAGGGGUGCAACUUCGUGUUAAAGAACAUCCCGCAAGAGGCCUUUGUGUAUCAGAAAGACUCGGACCCCGAAUUCCGGUUUCAGACAAAUCACCCCAACAUUUUCCCAUAUCUUCUCGUCAACAUCGGUUCUGGGGUCUCUAUUGUGAAGGUGGAGACCGAGGACAGGUUCGAGUGGAUUGGCGGCAGCUCCAUCGGAGGGGGCACCUUCUGGGGGCUUGGGGCUCUGCUCACCAAAACCAAGAAGUUUGAUGAGCUGCUGCACCUGGCCUCCCGGGGCCAGCACGCCAAUGUGGACAUGCUGGUGCAAGACAUCUACGGCGGGGCCCACCAGACCCUGGGGCUCAGCGGCAACCUGAUCGCCAGCAGCUUCGGAAAGUCUGCCACCACCGACCAAGAGUUCUCCCAGGAGGACAUGGCCAAGAGCCUGCUGCACAUGAUCAGCAACGACAUCGGGCAGCUCGCCUGCCUGUACGCGCGGCUGCACCGCCUGGACCGGGUGUACUUCGGCGGCUUCUUCAUCCGGGGCCACCCCGUCACCAUGCGCACCAUCACCUACAGCAUCAACUUCUUCUCCAAGGGGGAAGUGCAGGCCCUGUUCUUGAGACACGAAGGCUACCUGGGAGCCAUUGGAGCAUUUCUAAAAGGAGCCGAACAAGACAACCCGAACCAGUACAGCUGGGGAGAAAACUAUGCAGGCAGUUCUGGCCUGAUGAGCUCGUCGCCUGAGCUCUGCCCGACGCAGCGGACGAGGAGCGGCACCUUUGACCUGCUGGAAAUGGACCGGCUGGAGAGGCCACUGGUCAACCUGCCACUCCUUCUGGACCCAUCUUCCUACGUGCCUGACACAGUGGACCUCACGGAUGAUGCGCUGGCACGCAAAUACUGGCUCAGCUGCUUCGAGGAAGCUCUGGAUGGGGUAGUGAAGCGCGCUGUGGCGAGCCAGCCGAGCUCCGUGGAUGCGGCCGAGAGGGCGCAGAAGUUCCGCCAGAAGUACUGGAACAAGCUGCAGACGCUGCGGCAACAGCCCUUCGCUUACGGGACGCUGACCGUGCGCAGCCUUUUGGACACGAGGGAGCACUGUUUGAACGAGUUCAACUUCCCAGACCCCUACUCCAAAGUGAAGCAGAAGGAAAACGGCGCGGCCCUGAAGUGCUUCCAGAGAGUGGUCUGCGUGCUGGACACACUGGCCUGGGAGGAGAGGCAGCUGGCGCUGGUCCAAGGACUGCUGGCGGGCAACGUCUUCGACUGGGGGGCGAAAGCUGUCUCUGAUGUCCUUGAAUCGGACCCCCAGUUUGGGUUUGAGGAGGCGAAGAGGCAGCUGGAAGAGCGGCCCUGGCUGGUGGACUGCUACGACACGUGGCUUCAGAGGCUGAAGGGGCCCCCUCACAAAUGUGCCUUAAUUUUCGCAGAUAACAGUGGAGUAGACGUCAUUUUGGGAGUCUUCCCCUUUGUCAGGGAGCUUCUGUCUAGAGGGACGGAGGUCAUUCUGGCGUGCAACUCGGGACCUGCCCUGAACGACGUCACCUACAGUGAGUCUCUCAUCGUGGCCGAGCGCAUUGCAGCCAUGGACCCCAUUGUCCACUCCGCACUCAGAGAGGAGAGGCUGUUGCUGGUUCAGACGGGCUCCAGCUCCCCCUGCCUGGACCUCAGCCGCCUGGACAAGGGGCUGGCCGUGCUGGUGCGGGAGCGCAGCACGGACCUGGUGGUCAUCGAGGGCAUGGGCCGGGCCGUGCACACCAACUACAACGCGGCCCUGCGCUGCGAGUGCCUCAAGCUGGCCGUCAUCAAGAACUCCUGGCUGGCCGAGCGGCUGGGCGGCCGGCUCUUCAGCAUCAUCUUCAAGUACGAGGUCCCGGCACAGUGAGGCCCUCGGCCUGCCCGACGGUUCUGCCUGUCGCUCGUCACCCGUCGGGAUGUGUCGCGACUGCACCAAGGAAACACGUUCGAAAUCAUAUUUAUAUCGUGCUUCUGUGACUCGGAGCCGGCGCGCCCCGGUGUGGGCUCGGGCAUUGGGCUCAUGGAAGGGAGACAGCUUGUCCCGUGGGAUGUCGCGUUGGCAUAUAUUUAACUGUUAAAUAAUCUUUUAUAUGUAUAUAUAAAUAUAUACUCUAUCUGACGGACACGAGGCUCGAGGCGCGCACCAAAUAGAGUUCCUAGAGAGACCA